GUUUUUGGGGGUCCUCUGGGCUAUAAGAAAUAUCCGAAAAAAAUCCAAUGAUGAUGAUGCUGAGGCAAACCGCGAAAAAGGCUUUUCUAGGGCUAAGGAGUCCGACGGCGUGUCCACUAGGAGGCGGAGGGGUUGGGCGUCGAUUGUACCACGAGAAUGUAAUCGACCACUUUGAAAACCCUCGGAAUGUUGGGUCCUUCAACAGGGAUGACCCUGACGUUGGCACUGGAUUGGUAGGAUCUCCUUCCUACGGAGACCUCAUGAGCCUCUUUUUCCGUCGCUUCCGAAUGGAUCAAUGGCAAAACGAUAGAGGAUGUUUUGACUAUCAAGAACGCGCAAAUCGCUAAGCAUCUUCGGUUGCCACCCGUCCAGCUACAUUGCAGUAUGUUUGCAGAAGACACAAUCAAAUCCGCAGUCAAUAACUACAAGGAGAAGCAAUCAAAGGCUAAUAAUGGUGGUGUCGCAGGAGACACCGUCAAGGCCUGAUUUCACUAAUAUAUUCAGCACUGUGCUGCUUAUGAAACCUACAAGGAGUGUGGUGUGUUUACUUCUUGAAGGUUUUCAUUUUUACUGUUUAAUUAGUAUGUGCUUUGAAUAAAAUUAGCUGAUGAUUUUGAUAUAUAUAUAUAGCUGCUUUUUGAUUUUCCUGUU